UCGCCAAUCAAAGGCCAGUUAGGGGGCGGGUCUAAGCUCAACUGCGGUUUGUUUUCGACACGUUUGUAGUUUUUCUGCGGAAUCUGCGUGUUUUCGUUUUUUUGUUUCCGUGAAUCCGGUUCAAAUCCCCGCAGAUCCACCGAGCGACCACGGAGCUCCGCAGGGACACGACACGGUCUGUGUGUCCGAGGGUCCCCGUCAUGAAUAAAAACAAGAAGAGGGUGGUUCUGCCCAGCCGUCCUGACCCCCCCACUGUGGACCAGAUCCUGGAGGACAUCAACAGAACUGCACCCAGCGACCCAGUGUUCAGUGUCCUGGAGCAGAGUGGACAGGACGUGUCCCGCUCCUCAGACUCUGACGUGGACAUGAAGUUCCUUCAGUGUCGUCGGUACCUGGAUCUGAACGAGCGGCUGCAGGAAGCUCGAGGUCGGCUGCUGCGACAGAGGGAGGAGCUAAAGGCAGCGGGGGAGCAGCUGGACAGAGAUGUGGAAAAGGUCAAAGGUCAAACCCUAUGACUCUACAGCCUGGUGGCUUCGCUGACUGUUCUCUGACGUGUGUGUGUGUGUGUGUGUGUGUGUGUGUGUGUGUGUGUGUGUCACACAUUUCUAAUCAGAUCAUUGGGACUGACAGACUCUUGUGUUGCAUUCAGGUACAAACUAAAGUGUGUGUGUUUUUGCUGUUAUGCUGCUCAUCACCUUAAAUGCACCUUCCCUAUUUUGAGUUUUAUAAUCUUCUGACUUCAGCUCAAGAAAACACAGAAACAAACUGUAUAAAUCUGAUAAGACAUAUAAAAAUGCUGCAAAGUCAGAAAAAGAGAUAAAUGUAAAAGUGUGAGCCUCAGUUUUCAUGUGUCCUGCUCAGUUGAAAGGAGCCAGGCAGUGUGCUGGUUCAGUCCCGUCCUCACUGUGUCUGAAGAGAUCAACACGGCAGCGUAAGGAAACACGUCACUCUUUAUUAGAUGAAAACAUAUAUAAUGAAACACGUCUGUUGCUUUGCCUCUUUCACAUGACAGCGUCACCUCCACGGCCUCAUUCACACACAAAGGGCUGAGAUCUAUUUAUUUAGAUUGAAUAAAUACAGAAUCAUAUAUUUCCUAAGUCAA